AGGUGGUGACAGUGGAUUGGAUGGGUUAGGAGGACCAGGAGUUCAACUUGGAAGCCCUGAUAAGAAAAAACGCAAAGGAAACACACAGUUUCUUGCACUGGAAACUUUUCACUACAAACUUCUGACUGAUAAGAUUAAUGCCAACAGAAGAACGAUCCUGAAUGGGCCUCUCUUUGCAUGUGUGUCAUGGUGAGAGCGCAGCCAUUUGUCCAGUAUAUUCUCUGUGAUUAAACUAAAAAUGACACCUGGGUGACCAAGGCAGAAGACCAGCACUCAAAAAAUCUAAGACUUACAGUCGAUGAAUGAACUUUGCAUAACUGAAGGAUGUGUUCUGGAUGACUACAGCUGCAUUCUGGAGUGGUAAGUGUCCCUCCCUUUUUAUUUGAAGCCAUUUUGUAUGCUCCUAUUGAUGACACAAAUAGCACAGCAAAGAUCGGAAAUGGAAACAUUUUCUUCACUUUGUAUAAAAAAGAACCGGCCAUGUGGGAUUCCCUAACCCUAGAAAAUGCUGACAAGGAAAAACUGCAAUAUCUAAGAGAGAAUGCUGUUCUAAAAGCCCAACAAAAGGCAAAAGAGGAGACAGAAGCAAAAAAAGCUACAAAAGAGGAACACAAAAAAUAUGCUUUGGAGGCCACAAUGAAGCUAGAAGAAGCAGAAAGAAAAAGAAUUGAAGAUCUGAAAGAGAAGGAACGGCAGAAGGUCACCGAAGAGUUGGAGUUAUGGAAAAACCAGCAAAAAGAUGCUGAUAAAUACAAAAGCAUGCAAAAAGAAGGGGAAUUACAUCAAGAAAUAGGGCAGUUAAAAGAGAGGAAAAAUGAAAAAAUGACCAAAACUAGAAUUCCUAAUGAAGGAACUUCUAAGAGCAGACCCAAACCCACAAAAGGUCAUGCUUCCUGUAGUAUAUUUUCACCAAAUGUAAAGGAAGAACAGUUACCAGCUCCUAGAUCUGCUGCUACAAUUAAAGUCAACUUUACCCCAAGAGUUUUUCCUACAGCUCUUCGAGAAUCUCGUGUCGCAGAAGAGGAGGAGUGGCUACAUAAACAAGCAGAAGCUCGAAGAACAAUAAAUGCUGAUUUGUCUGAGCUGGAAGAUUUAAAAGAAGAGGAGAAGAAUCCAGAUUGGUUAAAGGACAAAGGAAACAAAAUGUUUGCAAUGGGAAACUAUCUGGCAGCUGUGAAUGCCUAUAACCUUGCAGUGAGGCUGAACAACAAGCUUCCCCUGCUGUACCUGAAUCGUGCUGCCUGCCACCUUAAACUGAGGAAUUUACACAAAGCUAUUGAAGACUCCUCUAAGGCACUAGAACUGUUGACACCACCUGUUCCUGAUAACGAGGGCGCUCGAGUGAAAGCCUAUGUGAGACGUGGAACAGCCUUUUGUCAGCUGGAAUUAUAUACUGAAGGUCUCCAGGAUUAUGAAGCAGCUCUCAAGAUUGAUCCUAAAAAUAAAAAUAUAGAAAAAGAUGCUGAGAAGAUUCGACACCUAAUUCAAGGAACAAUGCAAGGUUCUUAAUUCAAAUAAACAUGAAAAAAAAGAAACUCUUUGGCAGAAAUGCCUUUUUAGAACAUCAGAAGGAAUCUUAUUUCUUUUCAGUAUGUGUUAACUAGAUAUUUUUUGUGCUUCACUCAAAACACCUACAGAAUUGGUAAUGGAUUGGAUAUAUUAAUUUUUUUGGAAAGUAUAGUAUUAUAAUAACCAUAAUUAGAUAUAUUUUAUCUGAUUUUGAUACAGAGUUGUCAUAUUUUUGCUUUUUGUUAGCAUUUGUGUUACCCUGAAAAUCUGAAACACUGGAUUUGAAGCUGUUCCGUUAUGUUAAGCAUUCUUUCCAAGCUGUGACCAUUUCAACUACACUUCUUUCAGUAGCAGUUUUAGCAGACUUCUGAAUUUUCCACAUCGAUGUGUUUCCUGAAUACCAUUUAUGACUGAUUUCUGUCUUUAUAAUAAAAUAUUUUUUAUGCA